GUGAUUAAGUUAAAUAAGACUUUGUGUUUGUUUGAUCAUUCUUUGUAGGCAUGCUAGUUUUCCUGCCAUAUAUUCUUACUUCAGGAUCUCAUUUCUGUUGCUGCUGCUGUAACCUUGAGCUUUUGGUUAAAUUUCUGAUGGAAACUAGGCAGCCAUUUCUGCUCUUCUAAAGGGAUUGGAGGUCUUGGCACCUUAGCAUCAGAGACAAUUUCUUGGCUGAUAAGAUAGGAAAAACAGUGAACCACAUGACUGCUAAAUUCUCCAAAUUAGCUGGGAGGAACUACCUUGCCUACUGGAAAUAGCAGAGGUUGAUACACGAUUGGAUGGAUAUAGAUUGCUUGUUGGCUAAUAAAUGCAACCCAUCAUUUCUCCUUUUUGGGACCAAACAUUGAAGUGUGACUUCUUGGAGCAAUUAAAGUGCCUUGGGGUGGUCUGAAAAAACAUGAACAGGUAGAUGUUAAUGUUAGUACUGAUUGUGGAUCUACCAAUAUGAGCUGAACUUUUUUCCACUGCCACCAUUAGAUUUUGGAAGGUACCAACUACUACAACCUUUUAUUCAAUGCCACAAAUUUAAGCAAGUGCAUUGGUAGGUCGAGUUGAAAAGUCUGAGGUAAACAAUCUACCUCAGUGAUUGAAUCACUCUGGCUUGGUAGAUACUUGCUGAAGAGGAUGCUUGGGAUCAAAGUAACAUACAUGGGGCAAGGUAAACUUGGUAAACAAGUUCAUUGACUUGCAAAGAAAGAUCCAACCGGAAGCUUUGUUCUUGGUAGGCUGUGUUACUUGGAUGAUAAGGUUACUGUGACGGAUUGUUUGGACUUGAGUGUGGCAAGAGUUAUUAUAACUUGGAAAUGGUGUGGCUUGGUUGAUGAACUGGUGAUGUAAGACAGAUCAUGUCUGUUGUAGGAAGACAAGUUUUCUGCUCCUUGCUUCUUGUUGAAUCGACACAGAGGGGGGAGAUGGUGAGGGAGAAGCCAUUUGGCUCAACAGUGGACAGAUAUGGUCACAUGACAUGUUAUUUGGGACCUUGUAUGAACUGCCAAAUGCCUGUGGUGAAGAACAAAGUGGAGCAGCACCGGGGGACCAAAUCCACACAUCAAAGUUGCAAGAUUUAAAGCAUCAAUGUCUCAAUUUGCCAGAAACAGACUUACCAUCAACAGAUGCAGGUGCCCCGGCUCCAAAAGCCGCCCUAGAUGUUGAAGAACAAGUUUCUCAACAAGAUAAGUGUGAUCUUUUUACGGGAGAGUGGAUCCCGAAUCCAUCAGGACCACUGUACACCAAUGAGAGCUGCCGAUUCAUAGAACCUCCUCAAAAUUGUAUGAAGAAUGGACGUCCUGAUGUGGGAUACCUUUUUUGGAGAUGGAAACCACAUGGUUGUCAUGUACCACCCUUCAAUGCCACAAAAUUUUUGGAAACUAUGCAGAACAGAAGUUGGGCGCUCGUUGGUGAUUCAAUUCUUCGCAACCAUGCACAGUCAUUGAUUUGUCUUCUUUCUAAGGUCGGAGAUCCUGUUGAGGUCUACCAUGAUGACCAAUACAAAUCAAGAAGAUGGCACUUCCCCUCUCACAACUUCACUCUCUCCCUCAUCUGGAGCCCGUUCCUCAUCAAAGCAGAGAUCUUCGAAAAUGAUAAUGGUGAGUCGAAGUCUGAAAACCGGCUUCACAUCGACACGCUUGAUAAAAAGUGGACAAGUCAGUAUAAUAGCUUUGAUUACAUAGUGAUAUCUGGUGGCCAGUGGUUUCUGAAAACUGCAAUUUAUUUGGAGAAUAAUACAGUUGUCGGUUGCCACUAUUGUCCCAAGCUGAACAUAUCAGAGCUCAGUCUUGAGUCUGCUUAUAGCAAAAUCCUUAGUUCUGUCUUCGGUUUUGUCACCACUUCCAAGCACAAGCCAGUUGUAAUUUAUAGGACAUGGACGCCAGACCACUUCGAAUAUGGUGAAUGGUUUAGUGGUGGCAAAUGUAACAGGACCUCACCGUAUAAGAUCAGGGAGUUCAAUGGCAAGGAUGUGGACCAUGUGAUGCGAAAGAUUGAGUUGGAGGAGUUUGGCAGGGCAGCGACAGCUGAUGGUUCAGAGAAUGAGGCAAACUUGAAACUCUUGGACACUUAUCAGCUCUCAUUGCUGCGGCCUGAUGCUCAUUCGGGUCCUUACAGGACAUUUCAUCCAUUCGACAAGAAUAAGAAUGCAAAGGUUCAGAAUGACUGUCUGCAUUGGUGCUUGCCUGGCGCAAUUGAUACUUGGAAUGAGUUAAUUAUGGAGCUUAUAACGAACGAGUGAAUCUCAGUUACAGCUUCUCCAAGGCGAAACUUUGUUUCUUCGCAUCCGUCGUAUGUGUCGAGAUCAAAUUACAGGAAAGCCAAAAGCCACAGGAUUCUCAAACUGCUGCACGGAAUCUGGUUCAGCUGAAGAAGAUUAUGAUUGUAUUCUCGCUUGGAUAACUGUAAUCAGAUGUAGUACCCUGUAAAUUUUGAUGGACGAGAAUCCUGCCUAAUCUUUGUUGCCAUGAUUCUCUGGCAUUCUUUUGAUAUCAGAGAAGAUGCCUAUUUUUGUACCAAAAUGCAAGAAUUUGUGGCUCUCUUUUAUCUUCUACAUCUCAAUAAAUGAUCACUGUGGAGGUCU